AUGCUCAGGCAGCUCACGGGUAGCCUGAGCCGCGUGUGGUCGGUCGCGGACACGCAGCCGGUCCAGGAUGGGCGGGAGGAGCCCGUUGGUGACGGCGGUGAGCUAGCGGGGGUGCGCGCUGAGCUCGACAGGGCCCGCGAGGACCUGAAAGUCCGCGAGAUGGAGCUCAAGAGGGUGUGGGAGCAGGCGGAGGAGCUGAGCGCCGCGCUCGAACGCGAGCGCUCGGCGGCCCCGCCCACUGGCGACGCACACGGUGCCCCGGACGCGGCCGCCGAGGACCGCACGGCCGCGCUGCGCGCGGACCUCAGCGAGGCGCGCAGGGAGGCCGAGCAGCUGCGGCACCAGCUCCAGGAGGCCAACAGCCGCAUCUCCGAGCUACGGAGCGCUCGCGACGCCGCGGAGGAUGCCGUGCGGGACGCGGAGAGGCGCCUGGCGGCCCUGGCCGAAGCCACCCUCUCCACGAGCCAGCUCCACUCCCGCGCUGCCGCCGCCGAGGCGCAGUGCACGGCCCUCGAGGCACAGCUGCGGAUCGUGCGCGCCGAGAGCGCGGACCUGCGCAAGAAGCUCGAGGCCUCGCGGACCAUGGCGGCCGCAAACAGCACCGCGACGAACAACGAAAGUGCGGCAGCGGACCCCGACGGCGUGUCUCUGGUGGUCCACGUGGACGGCGGGGCCUCCGCGAGGGAGAUGGAGCUGGUCGCGAACGUGGGCCGGCUGGAGCGGAAGGUCAGCGUGCAGCAGCGCGGGUACGAGGCGAAGAUUGCUGAGCAGGAAGUGACUAUCUUCCGGCUGCGGUCGAAGCUCGAGGCGGCCGAGGCGGCCCGGCGCGCCGCGGCGACGCACCCCGCCACGCCGAUCGCCAAGUCGCCCGCGGACUCCGCGGAGAGCGCAGGCACCCAGGGCGUCGCGCCCUCCCCGCAGGCCCUCACCGGCGCCGCCGUCAGCGCCUACACAACCCCCCGGCAGUCCGCGCAACACACCCCCUCCCUGGCCGCCCACGUUCUCGCGGCCACGCCCUCCUCGGCAGAACCCCCGGAGCAAGCGCCACGCCGGCGCCGCCGCGGCCCGCGCCGCAUUGCAGGCGCGAUCGUCGCCGCCACCGUGGGCGCGGUCGGGUUUGGCGCAGCGGCAGUGGCAAAGGCCCUGGGCGGAGGGCGCGGGGCGUCGGCGGCGGCGCCGGCGGCCAAGAAAGGCUCCAAGAUCGCCGUGCCGGUCGUCACGGCGAAGACGCCGAGUCCGAAGCCUAAAAUGGUGAUUCCGCGUCUGGCGCGGGCGUCGCCGGGUGGCAGCGCGAGCGAGGCGGCGUCGCGGCGGGGGGCGGAGGCGGGCGGCGAGGAGCGGCGCAGGUUCCUCGGGGAGCGGUCGUGA